AUGUCGUCCAGUUUUCACAUCUCCGCUGUUCAACUAGACGACAUCACUCGUUUAUGGUCACAUGAAACUUUAGGAAUUCUUCCUGACGUCGAGAACGCAGAUGCAGCGGCAACCUAUCAAGCUGAUUGCAUUACUUAUCAAGGUAACCAGUACACAGCGCGGCUACCAUGGAAAGAUGACCAUCCAGAACUGCCAUCUAAUUAUCUCAUUUGCCAACGACGAACUCGCCACACGGUCAAGAGUCUUCUGAAAAAACCUCAGCUCUUACAGCUGUACAGUAAAAUUAUCCGUGACCAACUUUCUGCCGGAUUCAUCGAGCGGGUGCCUCGUACUCAACAGGCGCCACACGGUUGUCACUACAUUCCGCAUUUUGCUGUUCAAAAGGAUUCUGCUACAACUCCGAUUCGUAUCGUGUACGAUUGCUCCUGCAAAACUAGACAUGGUGCAAGCCUCAACGACUGCCUCCUCAUUGGUCCUCCUCUUCAAAACGAUAUGCUCCACAUUCUGCUUCGAUUUCGUGUGCAUCGCAUUGGUUUUUCUUCCGACAUUGAGAAAGCGUUUCACAAGGUACAACUUCACGAAGCUGAUCGUGACUUCAUUCGCUUCCUUUGGCUCAGCAAUGACAACGAUCCCGAUUCCGACUUUGUCAUUUACCGUUUUAAAGUUGUUCCAUUCGGAGCAAGUAGCAGUCCAUUCAUUUUAAAUUCAGUGAUCAAAAAGCAUCUUAAGCGUAGUUCAACUCCCAUCAGUGUUGACAUCGAAGCUAAUAUCUACGUUGAUAAUCUGAUUUCGGGAAGUGAAACUCCAGAAGAAGCAUUGAAUUACUACGCUGAAUCACUCUCUACUUUUCAAGCCGCAUCGCUAUCCUUACAAUCAUGGGCUUUCAGCGAUCGAUCUCUCAACGAACGUGCUAUCUCGGGAGACACUCUACAGCUACCUCUCUUCUUUUUAACGCCGUUUUGUUCCACUUCACCCACCAAGCGUGAUGUUCUUCGCAGACUUUCUUCCAUCUACGACCCACUUGGAUUCAUUACGCCUCUUUCUAUUCCUGCCCGCAUUCUUAUGCAAGAAAUUUGGAGAGAAGAAUUACAAUGGGACGAUCCUUUACCGGCUUCUUUCGCUGAUCGCUGGCUUGGUUUAUGCAGCUCCCUUUCUGACGCAAAACCCAAGGUUCCCCGUUCCUACUUCGGUGAUAGGUCUCGCGCUCGAGUCGCCCCGCUGAAAGGCAACGGCCCUCAGUUGACUCUUCCGCAGCUAGAACUCAUGGCAGCCCUUAUUGGAACUCGCAUCGCGACGACGAUCAUCACCGCCUUCCAAGUCCUCGGGAUCUCUCUAUCAGUCACCAUGUGGUCUGAUAGUCAAAUUGUUUUAUAUUGGUUGUCAAAAAACGACAAACAGAAGAAUCUCUUCGUCGCUAACCGUGUCUCCACGAUCAUCACAUUCAACCGUCUUCAUCAAGCCAGUUGGCAUUACUGCCCCACUGCUUCAAAUCCAGCUGAUCUGGUAACGAGAGGCCUAACGCUCCAGCAACUUCAAACGUCUUCGAUUUGGACACGGGGCCCACUAUGGUUAUCUUCCGAAGAUGAAUGGCCGCAAUGGAGCGUCUCUAGCCUCAGUCAAAUUAAAAUUCUUCAUCUUGCAGAAAUUUCCACCAUCGCAGCUCCGGAACGACUCCCCCUGCCACUGGAUAUUUCAACAGUUAUCGACAUCGUCCGUUUCAACUGGAGUUCGUUGAAAAGAACAACGGCAUAUGUUUCUCGACAAUUUAGCAAUUUUCAACGACCGAAAGCGGAAUGGAAUCGCGAAUUUCUUUCCACACUGGAACUCAUCCAAGCGGAACGCAAAUGGAUCGUCUCUUUUCAAUUUCGUUUUUUUGCCAACGAAUACGAGUAUCUACGUGGAGACCACAAGGGACGUCGACCAGCACUGAUAUCCCAGUUGGAUCUUUAUUUGGAUGCUGAUUCGAUCAUUCGCUGCCGUGGCCGUUUAAAUAAUGCCGAUUUAUCGAGUGAUGCUCGAAAUCCCAUCCUCCUACCGAAGAAUACCGAACUCACCCGCCUCAUAAUUCAACAUUUUCAUGAGCGCACUCUUCAUUCCGGUGUUUCUUACACUAUUUCUAGCAUCCGCCAGAGAUUUUGGAUCCCAUCCAUCCGCCAACAGGUGAAAGCCAUCGUGCGCCUCUGCACUCGCUGCCACCGGGUGAACGGGGCUCCUUACAGAGCCCCCAAUCCAGCUACAUUGCCAAGUUUUCGAGUCCGUGGAGACAAGGCCUUCGCCGUUACCGGCAUCGAUUUUGCUGGCCCAUUUCCAGUCCGUGGUCCAUCUAGCCAACCAGAUUUAAAGGCUUACAUUUGCCUCUUUACGUGCACUACAUCUCGUGCCAUCCACCUGGAGUUAGUAGAAGACCUCACGGCAGCUAGUUUUAUACUAGCCUUCAGAAGUUUCAUCUCCCACCACUUUACCCCAACAAUGGUUCUCUCGGACAAUGCCACAACCUUCGAAUGUGCCGCUCGUGCCCUCAAGUCCAUUUUCAACAGUUCGGAAGUUACCAAUUAUCUUUCCGACUGUCAAAUCGAAUGGCGUUUUAUUCCGAAGCGUGCCCCUUGGUAUGGGGGCUUUUGGGAACGACUUGUCGGCCUGACCAAGGAAGCUCUCAAGAAAAUGUUCGGUCGUACCAAACUCAAAUUCGCUGAGUUCCGGACUAUCGUCACAGAGAUCGAGGCCAUCCUGAACGAUCGUCCGAUCACGUAUGUGUCGUCAGAUUUGAACGACCCACAAGCUCCUACACCGUCUCAUCUGAUGUAUGGUGAUCGCUUGACUCCACUCCCGCACAACCCAGCCGUUGAAGAGGAGCUGCUUGAUCCCACCUUCGGUGAGAAGCCUUCCCACCUCCUUGACAUGUUCAGCCGAAGACAACGAAUCCUCAAAGCUUUCUGGUCCCGUUGGCAAAAGGACUACUUGACCAGCCUCCGGGAACGACACAUCACAUGCAAGGAGAAAUUCAAGCCCAGCAUCAAGGUCGGUGACGUGGUUCUAGUUCAUAACGAAGGACCCCGAAUCCAUUGGAAACUGGCUGUGAUAGGGGGAUAA